AACACAAACACGAAAACCUUAGGACUAUGUUUGAUCGUUUGAAAUCAGAUCUCAAGCCACAGUUGCUGCUUCGUUGGAGACACCGUGUUUACGGAGAUGUCGAGUCUUUUGCGACGGUCAAAUGGUCAUUGGCGUGGAUGGUCAAAUGGUCAGUGGCGUGGACGGUCCUUUGCUGCCUCUGUUCCUUCUGAUGAUGCUUCAAAAGUGCAGAAGGGUCGGAAAAGGGUGUCAAAAGAUGAACGGAAAGAGAUGGUGUUAUCAUUUGUGAACAAAUACAGAGCAACAAAUGCAGGAAAAUUUCCAACUGCUUCUGAAGCAAGAAACCAAGUGGGUGGCUCUUACUAUGUAAUUAGGAAAAUCGUUCAGGAGCUAGAAUACCAAUCUACAAUAUCUUCCAUGAACACGAGGCAUGAUAUGAAAUUGGGAAAAGUAGUAGUCAAAGUACAUGAAACAUCAAAAAAGGUCAAGGAGGUCUCAGGAAUUAACGAAGAUGUGAAGACUGUAGCAGGCUACGAUGCGGAACAUGGAACGUCGGAUGAAUGUUCUACUUCUGAGAGACGGCAUAUUUCAGAAGGGGGAGCUGAAGGAGAUAUCCAUCAACGUCUUGAAAAGCCUGAGCAUGGUGAAAACAAAAGAUCACAUUCUGAUGCCGUGCUUGAUUUAGAUGUCUCGGAAACCAAAAGCGAGCAGUAUCAACAGUCUUCUGAAUCAGACAAAUUCUCAAGGGCUCUGUCUGAAAAGCAGAACAAGGAGCUGUCCAAGAAACCAUCCGUCUGGGGAAAUCUCAAGACCCUUGCUGAUGGCAUUAUGAAUAUGUGGAGCAAGUGGUAAUUCAUGUGAAAUUGGUUUGACCUGUGACGUGCUGGGGAAUUUGCAACUGCAGAGUUUAUCUCAUUUGUUAAUGGCUUGCUCCCUCUUUACCUUUUUCUUUGCUUUUUUUUUUUUUUUUUUUAUGUUCUUCCAUUUGGUUUUCGAUUCUCUCUUUCCCCCCCCCCCCCCCCCCCCCCCCAUUCUUUUUCUGCUUAGGGGAGAAGGGGAGAGCGGGUGCUUAGAAAAUUUUGGUGCAACCGUUGUACCACAUCACCGGGAUGAUGUGGUGUAACAAAAGCAAUCAAAAUUACGUGGUGGAAUCAAGGUGGUGCUCUCUGUAACCGCAACCCAACGCUACUCUCUCCUCCUCUCCCCCUCCCCCUCCCCCUCCCCCUCCCCCUCCCCUCUCCAUCUCUCUUUGUUGUCAGUCAUGCUAACUCCCAUCGGAGACGGAGAUCCAACAUCGGCGAGAUUAGUGGCCAAGGAGAUGAGUAGGAGCGCUGCAUGUUGGAUUGACUCCUCUCUGCAAAUUAACGGCGGCAUAGAUCCGUUGGAGGUUGUAAGGAAGAAGAAAAGUAAUUCACUGCACAGUCGUACCCUGCUUGGAUUCCGAUACGUACAUCUAAUAAUUGGUUUGUGACACCAUGUCAGCACUAUGAUUUCUGGUGUUCGUGGA